AUGGCGGCUCCGGGUCCCGCCAGGUGCGCCCGGGCGGGGCUCGCGCUCACCUGGGGCCUCCUGGGGCUGCUGCACCUGGCCGGUGAGCCCGAGGAGGGCCAGGUGCGCCUGGCCGGGGGCCCGCACAGGUGCGCGGGGCGUGUCGAGGUGUUCCACGCGGGCAGGUGGGGCACGGUGUGCGACGACACCUGGGACCUGGCGGCCGCGCGGGUCACCUGCCGCCAGGUGCGCUGCGGCCCCGCCCUCUGGGCGCCAGGUAAGGCGCAGUUCGGGCGCGGCUCAGGCCCGAUCUGGCUGGACGGGCUCAGGUGCGCCGGCUCCGAGGCUCACCUGGCCGAGUGCCCCGGGCACACCUGGGGGCGCAGCGACUGCUACCACGGAGAGGACGCCGGCGCCGUGUGUGCAGAUUCGCUGGAGCCGGAGCCGCCUCACCUGCGCCUGGCUGGGGGCGGGCACCGCUGUGCUGGCAGGGUGGAGCUGCUGCACCUGGGCAGGUGGGCCGGGGUCUGUGGGCACACCUGGGGCCCGCGCGAGGCUCAGGUGGUCUGCAGGUACCUGGGCUGCGGGACCCCCCUGGCCGCACCUGGGGGCGCACCUGGGGGCGCACCUGGCCAGGUGUGGCUGGAGCAGGUGAGCUGCAAAGGCACCGAGAGAGACCUGAGGCAGUGCAGGGCGGGGCCCUGGCGGGAGAGCACCUGUGCCCAGGGGGGCGUGGCCAACGUGACGUGCUCAGGUGGGUUUGUGACGUCAUCAUCACCUGUGCGCCUGGCGGACGGGCCGGGUGCGUGCGCGGGCCGGGUGGAGGUGCUGCACCUGGGCAGGUGGGGCACGGUGUGCGACGACACCUGGGCGUUCCCCGCGGCCGCCGUGGUCUGCAGGUACCUGGGCUGCGGGCAGGUGAUCGCGGCCCCGCCCCGCGCGCACUUCGGGCCCGGCCACGGCCAGGUGUGGCUGGACGGGCUCACCUGCACAGGUGAGGAGGCCGCGCCCUCCGAGUGCCGCCACAAGGGGUGGGGAGUGCACACCUGCGAGCACAGCGAGGACGCCAGCGUGGUGUGCGCAGGUUCGGGCCUGGCUGACCUGGCUCACCUGCGCCUGGCCGGGGGCCCACACAGGUGUGCCGGGCGCCUCCAGGUGCUGCACGAGGGGCGCUGGGGCGGGGUCUGCGGCCUCACCUGGGCGCUGCCCGCGGCUCAGGUCACCUGUCGCUACCUGGGCUGCGGCCCCGCCCUCAGCGCCGCCCAGGUGAGCGUGCCGAGGGAGGAGCUCACCUGGGUUGAGUCGCUCAGGUGCGAGGGCGGCGAGGGCAGCCUGCUGGAGUGCCAGGUGAGGCUGUGGGGCGCCCCCUACUGCCCGCACGCCGCCGUCACCUGCGCGCAGCCAGGUGAGGCCCCAGCGCCCCCAGGUGAGGCCCUGACACUCUCAGGUGUGACCACGGCACCCUCAGGUGCGUCCCUGCCUCACCCAGGUACGACCCCGGCACCCCCAGGUGAGCCACAGGUGUCCCCAGGUGAGCCCCAGGUGCAGCCCUGCCGCCCUCAGGUGCGACCCCGGAACCCUCAGGUGAGCCCUGAGUGCCCAGGUGAGCCCGAGGAGGGCCAGGUGCGCCUGGCCGGGGGCCCGCACAGGUGCGCGGGGCGCGUCGAGGUGUUCCACGCGGGCAGGUGGGGCACGGUGUGCGACGACACCUGGGACCUGGCGGCCGCGCGGGUCACCUGCCGCCAGGUGCGCUGCGGCCCCGCCCUCUGGGCGCCAGGUAAGGCGCACUUCGGGGAGGGGGCGGGGCCCAUCUGGCUGGACGGGUUCAGGUGCGCCGGCUCCGAGGCUCACCUGGCCGAGUGCCGCGGGUACACCUGGGGGAAGCACAACUGUAACCACGGAGAGGACGCCGGCGCCGCGUGCUCAGAAUCGGCGCUGCCGGCCCCGCCCCAGGUGCGCCUCUCAGGUGCGCCGGACAGGUGCGCGGGGCGCGUGGAGGUGUGGCACGCUCACCUGUGGGGCACGGUCUGCGACGACACCUGGGGGCUGCGCGAGGCGCGGGUGCUCUGCGCUCACCUGGGCUGCGGCCCCGCCCUGGAGGCGCCGGGCGGGGCCAGGUACGGCCAGGGGGAGGGGCUCAUCUGGCUCGAUGACGUCAACUGCAGCGGGGAGGAGCCGGACUUCUUCAGGUGCGCGCACCGCAGCUGGGGGGAGCACAACUGCCACCACGGCGAGGACGCGGGCGUGGUGUGCGCAGGUAACUCCAGCUCAGGUCAGGUGCGUCUGGUGGCCGGGCCGCACCUGUGCGCAGGUCGGGUGGAGGUGCUGCACGAGGGGCGCUGGGGCACGGUGUGCGACCGCGGCUGGGACCUGCGCGACGCCCAGGUAGUCUGCCGCCAGCUGGGCUGCGGGCGGGCGCUGGCGGCGCGGGGCGGGGCACGGUACGGGCGGGGCUCCGGCCAGGUGUGGCUGAGCGAGCUCACCUGCGCGGGCAGCGAGCGGCACCUGGGGCAGUGCGAGCGGCGGCCCUGGGGGGAGCACGACUGCGAGCACGGCGAGGACGCGGGGGUGGUGUGCGCAGGUGCCGAGCCCGCCCAGGUGCGGCUGCAGGGCGGGGCCGGGCCCUGCGCGGGGCAGGUGCAGGUGCUGCUGAACCGCACCUGGCUGCAGGUGUGCGGCCUCACCUGGGCGCUGCCCGAGGCGCAGGUGCUGUGCCGGCAGCUGGGCUGCGGCCCCGCCCUCAGCGCACCUGUGGGGCCGCACCUGCCCGGCCAGGGGCCUCACCUGGGCGGCCUCACCUGCGACGGCUCCGAGACGCAGCUGCGGGAGUGCCUGCGCGAGGGGGCGGGGCCGCGCACCUGCGCGGGUGGGGCGGCGCAGGUGCAGUGUGCCACGCCCGCAGGUGAGCCCGAGGAGGGCCAGGUGCGCCUGGCCGGGGGCCCGCACAGGUGCGCGGGGCGCGUCGAGGUGUUCCACGCGGGCAGGUGGGGCACGGUGUGCGACGACACCUGGGACCUGGCGGCCGCGCGGGUCACCUGCCGCCAGGUGCGCUGCGGCCCCGCCCUGAGCGCCCCGGGCGCGGCGCGCUUCGGGCAGGGGCGGGGCCCGGUGUGGCUGGACCAGGUGCGCUGCACAGGUGAGGAGCUCACCUUGGACAGGUGCGAGCGGCGGCCCUGGGGGGAGCACGACUGCGAGCACGGCGAGGACGCGGGGGUGGUGUGCGCAGGUGCCGAGCCCGCCCAGGUGCGGCUGAAGCCCAGAGGGGGAGGGGCCCCAGGUGCGGCCCCCACCUGCACGUACCUGGUGGCGCUGCUGGUGCUGCUGAUGUCACUGGGCGGGGCCCUGCUCUGGCUCACCUUACGGGCCAGGUGUGUCCCAGCUCACCUGGACGCCCCGAGGGCCCCCGGCGCCAUUUACCUGCCCAGGAGGGCCUCACCUGGCGAGGCCGAGGCGCUGCAGCUGGUGGAUGACGCGCCCUGA